CCGCCCGCCUGAUCUCGGAAGAAAUAGCCAAGAACUUUGGAGAAGAGGUCGCUGUCCACAUUACUGAUGCGACUGACGCUGAGAGGGCCGAGGUUUGGUCGACAAGUCACCCAGCAACCUCCGACGUCAGCCUCCGGAGAAAGCGAGGGAGAAACGGCGAAGGAGACAGAAGCGCCAAAGGUUGAAUAAAGAGACACCCAGGCGGUUUCUCUAGGCUUAUCAGUCAGAAUUACUUACGCCGGGUCCGUGACGUCCUCAGGACUGGUCAUAAUUGUAUGAGAAGCUCUCGGGCUUCUUGCUGGCUAGUCGCCGCUAGCUAUUGCUAUCGAGUCUGGUGUUAUUCAUCUGGGGGUGAUAACGUAUUCCACGGGCGAGCGGCGCGCACGGGCGAGCGGCGCGUUUUCCCCGCGACCACCAAAUAUUCGAUUAACUACCUCCUUCAACAUAUUAUAUCUUCACCAUUUCAAUCCAUAAUGCCUAAAUCUCAAGAAUCUAACAUUCAAAUGGCUAUAUCUGCCUAUAAUUCGAAAAAAAUCAAGUCAAAAAAGGAAGCUGCCAAGGUGUUUGGGGUAUCUGAAACUACUCUUCGCGAGCGGCUCAAGGGAAGAAAACCACGCACAGAAACACGCGCAAAUAAUCAUAUAUUAUCACCUAUUCAAGAAGAAGUCCUUGUUAAGCAAAUACUGAAUGCAGACAAACGUGGUUUUCCAAUUCGUCCGGAGUUCCUACGUCAAAUGGCUCAGAUACUGCUUCAAAAACAGACCCCUACCUCUACUCCAAACAUAGGAGUCAACUGGGCAUCUACUUUUGUUAGACGCCAUCCACAACUGCGGACACGGUUUAAUCGACGAAUACCAUACCAGCGGGCGAAGCAGGAGGAUCCAAAGAUCAUCAAACAAUGGUUUAAUAUGAUAUUAGAGACGAUUCAAGAGCAUGGUAUCCAUGAAGAUGAUAUCUGGAAUUUUGAUGAGACUGGCUUUGCAAUGGGUCUCUGUACAACGUCAAAGGUUAUUACUGCAGCUGAGCGCAGUGAGCAACCACGUACAGUCAUCCAAGGAAACCGUGAGUGGGUCACAAUCAUUGAAUGUGUAGGGUCAAAUGGAUGUUCAAUUCCUCCGGUGGUGAUCCUCAAAGGGAAGGAGCAUCAAGCUUCUUGGUAUCAAGGAUCAGCCCUCUCUCAAGAUUGGAGGCUAGCCACAAGUCAGAAUGGCUGGACUACUGAUAUAAUGGGCUUACGCUGGCUUAAAGAGGUGUUUGAGCCAUAUUCCAAACACUAUUCAGUUGGUUCAAAGCGGCUACUUAUACUUGAUGGCCAUAGUAGCCAUUUAAGUGCAGAGUUCGAUGGAUUCUGCAAAGAACAUGCAAUCAUUUGUCUCUGUAUGCCACCUCAUUCAUCUCAUCUUCUUCAACCACUAGAUGUUGGUGUUUUCGGGCCAUUAAAGCGUGCAUAUGGGAAGCUAGUUGAGGGAAUGAUGAUCGCUGGCAACAACCAUAUUGAUAAGGAUGAUUUCUUAUCUCUCUAUCCAUCUGCACGCGAGAAGGUCUUUACCAAAGAGAAUAUCUAUGGUGGCUUUGCUGGAGCAGGGAUCAAACCAUUAGAUAAAGAAAGGGUUCUCUCAAAAAUUACCUUUCAACUGCGUACGCCAACACCACCACUUCUGACUGAAGGGUCAAUAUCAUCUGCAUUUCAGACCCCUCAAAAUACUCGCCAACUUGAUCAUAAGAUCUACGAUCUACAGAGAAGUCUUAAUAAGAAAAGACGGCUGUCGAGCAGCCCUGUAUCUCACCUUCAACAUCUUGAGAAAUCUGCACAGAUGGCAAUGAAUAUGAAUCUACUUCUUCACCAAGAAAUCAAAGUUCUACGGACAGAGAAUGAGCGGAAGAUGACGAAGAAAGCACGCAGGCGUGGUAACCUAGGUCAAGAUACUAUGCUAUCUAUACAGGAAGGUCAGGAGCGUGUUCAGCAGCUUGAUAGAGUGGUUGAAGCAGAGGUCGAAGCGGAUAUUCAACGGCCACGCCAGCGAGCUCCACCACGCUGUAGUGGCUGUGGGACUAUUGGACAUAUUAUACGCAGUUGCCCUAGUAAAUAACUACAUGUUCAAUUACUAGAUAGUCUUAAUUUACUGAUUUUUUCAAAUUACAAGCAUGUUGAUGGUUGAG